CGGUGUUUUACAACCAUGACGUCACGACAAAGUAUUUAUAUUCGGCCUCCAGCCGUUUCCGUCACAUAACGUUUUCAGCCACCAACUGCCCGCUACGGCGAUUGUCUCACAGCGACCCGACGUCUUAAAGCAAGAACGACGAGAUGGCACGUACCAAGCAGACUGCUCGUAAAUCCACUGGAGGAAAGGCGCCCAGGAAGCAGCUCGCUACCAAGGCAGCCAGGAAGAGCGCUCCGUCCACGGGAGGCGUGAAGAAGCCCCAUCGUUACCGACCUGGAACUGUGGCUCUGAGGGAGAUCCGUCGUUACCAGAAGUCCACCGAGCUGCUCAUCCGCAAGCUGCCCUUCCAGCGUCUGGUGAGAGAAAUCGCUCAGGAUUUCAAGACGGAUCUGCGCUUCCAGAGUGCAGCUAUUGGGGCUCUUCAGGAAGCCAGUGAGGCUUACCUGGUGGGUCUUUUUGAGGACACCAACCUGUGCGCCAUCCACGCCAAACGUGUCACCAUCAUGCCCAAAGACAUCCAGCUGGCUCGUAGGAUAAGGGGAGAGAGGGCCUAAGCAGCGGCCGACGACAUUGUGGCAAAUAAUCCUAUUUAUCGUACUUAACCAUUUUUGUGGACAUGUUAUUUCUUGGGUAUUUUUUUUUACAAGUUUACUUUUGGAUUUUGUAUUUUAGAUCGAUAUCAAUCAUUCCACAAGUCUGAGUACACUUAAGGUAGUUGGAAAUGUUGUGCAGUAAGAGUAUCUUGCCUAGUGUUCCAUCAUGGGGUCAUUACUUCAGCCAUCGUAUCACCCUUCACUCAUUGUGGACAUCGGGCUCCACCUGGGGAUGGGAGUUGUCUACGGGAUAACUUCUUCACAUCUUCUUUGGGGAGGGGGUCCAGGGUCUCUUUGCCCACCUACCACUCAUCACAAAAUGCCAGCAUGUCCUGCUCAGCCGGUCUCACUGCAGUGUCGGGGUAUUUGCUGCGGCAGUUGAUACUCUACACUCUGUGACUGGGAGCAUGGCACCCUCCCCCUCCUGUAUUUUUCUGGACUGCUUUUUACAUGUUUUUCAACAUAAACCUUGGCAGCUACAUUUAAUACUAUUUAUGAAAAUGUUGUCGCGUGUCUUUCUAUUAAAGGUCUUUAUGAGUAGAAA